UGUUAAUGCAAUUAGGUUAAUGUAUUAUGUAGACAGUUUCUGGUUGACAGCAACUCGAUGUCUGUUUGUCAAUAUUUACGUUUUAUCGUUAACUUUCUUUAUGAAAUACAAACAAUGAAAAACGUAAUCAAUCAAAAUGAUGGCUACAACAAAUGAGUUUGGUCCUGAUUCUGGUGGCAGAGUGAAGGGUGUCACGAUAGUGAAGCCUAUAGUGUAUGGUAAUGUAGCUCGUUAUUUUGGUAAGAAAAGAGAAGAAGAUGGGCACACUCAUCAGUGGACUGUUUACAUAAAACCAUAUCACAAUGAAGAUAUGUCAACGUAUGUAAAAAAGGUGCAUUUUAAAUUACACGAGAGCUAUAACAAUCCAAAUCGGAUCAUGACAAAACCACCAUACGAGCUCACCGAAACUGGCUGGGGAGAAUUUGAAAUAGUGAUUAAAAUAUAUUUUCAUGAUCCAAAUGAACGUCCUGUGACUAUAUACCAUAUAUUAAAGCUGUUCCAAACAACACCCGAAAUACAAUUGGGCAAAAAGAGUUUGGUUUCUGAAUUUUAUGAAGAAAUUGUGUUUCAAGAUCCAACAGCAUUUAUGCAGCAUUUAUUAAAUUCGAGCAAACCCAUAACUUUAGGUGUUUGGCGCCAUAACACGGAUUUUGAAGCUAAAAGGGAAUCCAUGAUAAAAGCAAUAAUGGAGGCAAGAAACAAAAUAAGAUUGGAAGUAAUAGAUCUAAAAGAAAAAUUAACGUUGGCAAAGGAGACAAUUGCAAAAUUUAAGGAAGAAAUUUCUAAGAUUUCAAAGGCUGGUGGAGGUUUAUCUGUUGCAUAAAUAAAUUACUUAACCAUGUGAAAUAAGAUGUACAUAAUCCUAUUACAGUGAUAAUUAGAAGUUUAAUGAAGUUAUUGAUAUUAUACCUUUCCAUUAAUAUAAAAUUUUAUUAUGUACUAAUAAAUUGAUUAAAUCUGUAAUAAAUAUUACAGAAAUUUGCUGACAAAACUUAACAUUAAAUUGAAAAAUUAUAAAAUUAUUAUAUUUAUAGUAAUGUCAGUGCAAUCUGUCAUUCAAAAUGUAUUAACGAAUUUUACUUAUCAAUGAAAAAUCAAUUCAAUAAUAUAUGUAUAAUCAUAUACAAUACCUCAAUUAAAAAGUAAAUACAUACUACACAUAUGUAUGCAUAUAUGCAUACAUGCCUGUAUGAUGUACAGGGACAUGCGCAAUAAAAACUCGAAAAUGGUUGCCGAAAACUGGUAAAACUGUAUACAAUAAACUGCAAUAAACUCUUCUGAUCAGUGA